AAAGCCCGUGUUUUCACGCUUCUGAAUUGCGUCUGAUACUCAACAACGCCUCCCAUCUCUCACAGUAUAUCUCCUCCAGUACAUCUCGGCUCCGUCGUUUCCCAACACUCUUGACACUCUCUCUAGAGUCGUAGACUCUGAACCCUAAAGUCUUUUCUUUUUCUCUGCUUUUAGAUUUUAUGCACUGUUUUCCUUUUUUCCUCUCUUUCACUGCACAAACUUUCUAAUCAGCAGAACAGAAAAUCAGGAAAGAAAAAUAAAAAGCGAGGGAAAAAUCGGUCUGAGCAGAGCCACCAUGAAAGUACCAGAAAACGACCCGAUUUCUCUUUCGAAUCAUCUUUUGGCUUCCCUUUCGGAACAAAUCCCAAACAUCAACAAUUUCAAAGGCAAAUGGGCUUUGAUCAAAUCCAAGCUUUCUGGUCUCCAGGCUCAACUCGCUGACUUCUCCGACUUUCCCGCUUCUUCCUCUAACCCUCUCGCCGUCGACCUACUUUAUUCCAUCACCCAAACCUUGAACGACGCCGUCUCGCUUUCCCAGAAAUGUCAGCUCGCCGAUUUGACUGAGGGAAAACUCAAGACCCAGAGCGACAUCGACGCCGUUUUGGCUAAACUAGAUCGACAUAUCAAAGAUAGCGAGAUUUUGAUUCGGAGUGGAGUGCUCCAAGACGGCGCCGUCUCAACUUCUUCGUCAAAGAAAGAAGCCGUACGAGUCGAGUCUAGAAACUUGAUUACUCGGUUACAAAUCGGAACCACCGAGUCUAAAAACUCGGCCAUGGACUCGCUUUUAGGAUUACUCCAAGAGGACGACAAAAACGUGAUGAUAGCCGUGGCGCAGGGUGUGGUUCCCGUGCUCGUGCGCUUACUGGAUUCGAGCUCUUUAGAAAUGAAAGAAAAGACUGUCGCCGCCAUCUCGAGGGUCUCAACGGUGGAGUCAAGCAAACACGUGUUGAUCGCUGAAGGUCUGUUGCUUUUGAACCAUCUGCUUCGAGUUCUUGAAUCCGGAAGCGGUUUCGCAAAGGAAAAAGCUUGCAUUGCUUUACAAGCUUUAAGUUUUUCAAAAGAAAACGCCAGAGCAAUUGGUUCCAGAGGUGGGAUUUCGUCUCUCUUAGAGAUUUGCCAAGCUGGCACACCGGGUUCUCAAGCUUUUGCAGCCGGGGUUUUGAAAAACUUAGCUUCUGUUGAUGAAAUUAAAGAGAAUUUUAUUGAAGAAAACGCGGUUUUUGUUUUAAUCGGGCUUGCUGCUUCAGGGACUGCCUUAGCACAAGAAAAUUCGAUUGGGUGUUUGUGUAAUUUGGUUUCUGAUGAUGAAAAUUUGAGGCUUUUGAUCGUUAAGGAAGGUGGGAUUGAAUGUUUGAAGAAUUUCUGGGAUUCAUCUCCAAACCCAAAAAGUCUUGAAGUUGCGGUUGAGUUAGUUAGGCGCUUAGCUUCUUGUUCCCCUAUAGCAGAAGCUCUGGUUGCUGAUGGUUUCGUUGCCAGGCUCGUGGCUGUUUUGAACUGUGGGGUUUUAGGGGUAAGAAUUGCUGCUGCUAGAGCUGUUUAUGAGCUUGGGUUUAACUCGAAAACAAGGAAAGAAAUGGGUGAAUGUGGUUGUACCGUGGCAUUGAUUAAAAUGAUGGACGGCAAGGCUGUUGAAGAAAAAGAAGCUGCUGCAAUGGCACUGUCCACGCUCAUGUUGUACGCCGGUAACAGAAAGGUUUUUCAAAAGGAUGAAAGAGGAAUAGUAAAUGCGGUGCAGUUAUUGGAUCCUUUGAUACAGAAUUUGGAUAAAAAAUACCCUGUUUUGAUCUUGUCAGAGCUUGUACAUUCUAAGAAAUGUAGGAAGCAAAUGGUUGCUGCUGGUGCUUGUGUGUACUUGCAGAAACUGGUUGAGAUGAAUGUUGAAGGGGCUAAGAAGCUAUUGGAGAGUCUUGGUAGGGGUAAGAUUUGGGGUGUUUUCGCCAGACCAUAGCAACGGAAGAUAUCUACAAAAUGGGGGCAUUUAACUUGUAGGAUGCUCAGAAAUUUCAGUAAGAGUUUGCAUCAGGGAAACUAAAUUUUGGUUUUUUUUCAUUCCACAAGGAGUAGCUCGUUUCACUGCUAGACAUAGGCCUUACAGGAGUGAAUUUGCUAAUCAUUGCAAGCCAAUUUAGUGAGUGUGUUUUGUGUGCAAGGAUGUGGCUGCAUUUGUUCUAAGUUUAGUCUCCGUCCAUGUUCUCCAACCACUGCAAACUUCUACUGAUCCUUGCCUAAACAGGCAAGCACUUCCUCUUUCCAGCUCUCUUCUAAAUCUUCUGCUGUCAAUAUUCUGGGGUCCCCGAAGGAUCUACUCCAUCAUUGUCAAUCCUUCUCAUUCAAUUCCUGUAUAUAAUUAGCAAAACUAUAUUAUCACAGUUUAUUUUGAAAAAUAGUUUUGUUUAGUUCUUUGGAUGUCUGGCUGAUGUUAUAUCCAUAUAAUGGUGGGUAUAAACCACGUGCAUUUGUUCU